UAUUUAUUGCUCAGAAUAGUCAGUUUCCAGUCUGUCUUUAAAUUAGCAUUUCACCAUUUUCUAAUGGUGUGAAAGAAUUUUGGAGACUUAGGUGAUGUAAGAGGAGUCGUGGCUUCCCCAUCCCUGGAAGUGUUCAAGGUCAGGUUGGAUGGGCCUUUGAGCAGCCUGGUCUAGUGGAAGGUGUCCCUGCCUGUGCCAGGGGGGUUGGAACUAGCCGAUCUUUAAGGUCCCUUCCAACCCUAACCACUCUGUGGUUCUGUGAUUCUAUGAUCUGUAUGCCACAGCCUACCGCCAGAGAGCUAGCUUCUUUCAGAGGUGGAUAGAGCAUGUGGGAUCACGACCUUGCCCCAGUUCUAGCAUAAGGAGGGGUCAGAAUCCUGAUCCGAGCUCCUUCUUGAGCAUCCUGAGCACCAACCAGCAGCGUCAGGGAACGGCGGGAGGUGCCUUCUUGGCGGGACCGGCACCAAACGCCCGAAGGGACUGCUCCCGGCUUCUCCUGAAGGCCAGCGUGCGGUGCGGUGCGCGGUGCGGUGCGGUGCGGGGUGCUCCAGGCCGGGCUCCGCUAGGUGGCGGAUGCGGAAGGGCUGCACGCCGCUGCGGUGGAGCGCGGCCGGACUCGGCCCUGCCUCUCCGCGCUGUAUUGUCGGAGGGCACGAUAGAGCGCGGACAGUUUCCUGGAGUCCUGCCUGCCCCCGUCUCUUGCUGGUUUUGUCAUUAAUAAAGCAGAAUCGGGAAGGAUCCGAGGGAGGUCUGAGACACAAAGGACCCGGUGCGGUGACAGGAUGGACAAAACCAAUUUUGAAAAAGGGUUACAGACGACGGUUAGAGCUGUCAGAUAUUUACCAAAUCCCGUCUGCGGACUCUGCUGAUAAUCUUUCUGAAAAACUAGAAAGAGAGUGGGACAGAGAACUAGCAACUUCAAAGAAAAAACCCAAACUUAUUAAUGCUCUUCGACGAUGCUUUUUCUGGAAAUUUAUGUUCUAUGGAAUUAUGUUAUAUUUAGGGGAAGUCACCAAAUCUGUGCAACCCCUUCUGCUGGGACGAAUAAUAGCUUCCUAUGAUCCAGAUAACUCCAGUGAAAGAUCCAUCGCAUACUACCUGGGCAUUGGCUUGUGCCUUCUCUUCCUUGUGAGAACACUACUCAUCCACCCUGCUAUAUUUGGUCUUCAUCAUAUAGGAAUGCAAAUGAGGAUAGCUAUGUUUAGCUUGAUCUAUAAGAAGAUCUUAAAACUGUCAAGCAGAGUUCUAGAUAAAAUAAGUACUGGACAAUUGGUCAGUCUUCUUUCCAACAAUCUGAACAAAUUUGAUGAGGGUCUUGCUCUAGCUCAUUUUGUAUGGAUUGCACCUUUACAAGUGGCACUGCUGAUGGGACUGCUCUGGGAUAUGUUAGAAGCUUCUGCAUUUUCUGGACUUGCUUUUCUAAUAGUCGUGGCCUUUUUCCAAGCCUGGCUGGGACAAAUGAUGAUGAAAUACAGGAAUAAGAGAGCAGGAAAGAUCAAUGAGAGACUUGUCAUCACCUCAGAAAUAAUUGAAAACAUACAAUCAGUUAAAGCCUAUUGUUGGGAAGAUGCAAUGGAAAAAAUGAUUGAAAGUAUCCGUGAAACUGAACUGAAGCUCACCCGAAAAGCUGCUUAUGUGAGAUAUUUGAACAGCUCAGCCUUCUUCUUUUCAGGCUUUUUUGUGGUGUUUUUAGCUGUGCUUCCAUAUGCUGUGAUUAAAGGAAUUAUUCUCCGAAAAAUAUUUACCACCAUUUCCUUCUGCAUUGUUCUUCGAAUGACAGUGACCAGGCAGUUUCCUGGGUCUGUGCAGACCUGGUAUGACUCUAUUGGAGCAAUAAACAAAAUACAGGAUUUCUUGCUGAAAAAGGAAUAUAAAGCCCUGGAGUAUAAUCUAACCACCACUGGUGUUGAGCUGGACAAAGUAACAGCUUUUUGGGAUGAGGGAAUUGGAGAACUGUUUUUAAAAGCAAGCCAGGAAAACAACAGCAAUUCUAGCACUGACAGCAAUCUCUUCUUCAGUAAUUUUCCACUUCAUGCAUCCCCUGUUCUUCAGGAUAUAAAUUUCAAGAUUGAGAAGGGACAGUUAUUAGCUGUUUCUGGAUCUACUGGAGCAGGCAAGACUUCUCUUCUGAUGCUGAUAAUGGGAGAAUUGGAGCCUUCACAGGGUAAAAUCAAACACAGUGGAAGGAUAUCUUUUUCGCCUCAAGUCUCCUGGAUCAUGCCUGGAACAAUAAAAGAAAACAUAAUUUUUGGUGUAUCCUAUGAUGAAUACCGAUACAAGAGUGUCAUCAAAGCUUGCCAACUGGAAGAGGAUAUUUCCAAGUUCCCAGACAAAGAUUAUACAGUGCUGGGUGAAGGUGGAAUCAUUCUGAGUGGAGGCCAGCGAGCACGAAUCUCACUAGCAAGAGCAGUGUACAAAGAUGCUGAUUUGUAUCUCAUGGAUUCUCCUUUUGGGCAUUUAGACAUUUUUACAGAAAAAGAGAUAUUUGAAAGCUGUGUAUGCAAGCUGAUGGCGAAUAAAACUAGGAUCUUAGUUACUUCAAAACUGGAACAUUUAAAGAUUGCUGACAAAAUACUAAUUUUACAUGAAGGGAGCUGCUAUUUUUAUGGGACAUUUUCUGAACUUCAGGGUCAACGGCCUGACUUCAGUUCAGAGCUGAUGGGAUUUGAUUCUUUUGAUCAGUUCAGUGCAGAGAGAAGAAAUUCUAUACUAACCGAGACUCUCCGACGAUUUUCCAUUGAAGGAGAAGGCAUGGGAUCACGAAAUGAAACCAAGAAGCAAUCUUUUAAACAGACAUCAGAUUUUAAUGACAAAAGGAAGAACUCCGUAAUUAUUAACCCUCUUAAUGCAGGUAGAAAGUUCUCAGUAGUGCAAAAGAAUGGAAUGCAAGUCAAUGGGAUAGAAGAUGGCCACAAUGACCCACCAGAAAGGAGGCUGUCACUGGUGCCUGACUUGGAACAGGGAGAUGUAGGUCUGCUUCGGAGUCAUGUGCUGAACACUGACCAUAUGCUGCUGCAAGGUCGGAGGAGGCAGUCUGUGUUAAAUCUGAUGACGGGCACCUCUGUGAACCUCGGACCAAACUUUUCCAAAAAGGGAAGUACAACAUUUAGGAAAAUGUCAGUGGUGCCUCAGACGAACCUGUCUUCUGAGAUAGAUAUCUACACCAGGCGCUUGUCUCGGGACAGUGUCUUAGACAUAACUGAUGAAAUCAACGAAGAGGAUUUGAAGGAAUGCUUCACUGAUGAUGCUGAAAGCAUGGGUACUGUUACCACAUGGAAUACCUAUUUUAGAUAUGUUACCGUCCACAAAAACUUGAUUUUUGUUCUAAUUUUGUGUGUGACUGUCUUCUUAAUUGAGGUAGCUGCUUCUCUUGCUGGAUUGUGGUUUCUUAAAAAGAUAGCCUUGAAAGCAAAUGCAACACAAUCAGAAAACAGUACCUCUGACAAACCUCCUGUGAUUGUCACUGACACUAGCACCUACUACAUCAUUUAUAUCUACGUGGGAGUGGCAGAUACCCUGCUUGCCAUGGGAAUCUUCAGAGGUUUGCCCCUUGUGCAUACGCUUAUCACAGUGUCUAAAACUCUUCAUCAAAAGAUGGUGCAUGCAGUUCUUCAUGCACCUAUGUCAACAUUCAACUCUUGGAAAGCAGGUGGCAUGCUUAACAGAUUUUCCAAAGAUACGGCAAUACUGGAUGACUUACUUCCACUUACAGUAUUUGACUUCAUACAGUUAAUACUGAUUGUGAUUGGCGCUAUAACAGUAGUCUCAAUAUUACAACCCUACAUCUUCCUGGCAUCAGUGCCUGUGAUAGCAGCCUUUAUUGUGUUAAGGGCAUACUUCCUCCACACUUCUCAGCAGCUGAAACAACUGGAGUCUGAAGCUCGGAGUCCAAUAUUCACCCAUCUUGUUACAAGUUUAAAAGGCCUGUGGACACUGAGAGCUUUUGGGCGGCAGCCGUAUUUUGAGACCUUAUUUCACAAAGCCCUGAAUCUACACACGGCAAACUGGUUCCUCUACCUGUCAACACUGCGCUGGUUCCAGAUGAGGAUAGAAAUGAUAUUUGUUGUCUUUUUUGUUGCUGUGGCAUUCAUCUCUAUUAUAACUACAGGUGAUGGACCAGGUAGAGUUGGCAUUAUUCUUACUUUAGCUAUGAACAUCAUGGGAACCUUGCAGUGGGCAGUAAAUUCAAGCAUAGAUGUGGAUAGUUUGAUGCGGUCUGUUGGACGAAUAUUUAAAUUCAUUGACAUGCCAACAGAAGAGAUGAAAAACAUGAAGCCACAGAAGAAUAACCAGCUUUCAGAUGCCCUUGUAAUUGAAAACAGGCAUGCGAAGGAAGGGAAGAAAUGGCCAUCUGGGGGACAAAUGACUGUGAAGGACCUUACAGCCAAAUACGGCGAAGGAGGAGCUGCUGUGUUAGAAAACAUUUCUUUUUCAAUAAGCUCAGGGCAGAGGGUAGGCCUUUUAGGAAGAACUGGUUCAGGAAAAAGCACUUUACUUUUUGCAUUUUUAAGACUGCUGAAUACAGAAGGGGAUAUCCAGAUUGAUGGAGUCUCCUGGAACACGGUCGGCGUGCAACAAUGGAGAAAGGCAUUUGGAGUGAUUCCUCAGAAAGUGUUCAUAUUUUCUGGAACUUUUCGGAUGAAUUUGGAUCCUUAUGGGCAUUGGAGUGAUGAAGAAAUAUGGAAAGUUGCAGAGGAGGUUGGGCUGAAGUCUGUAAUUGAGCAAUUUCCAGGCCAGCUUGAUUUCGUUCUUGUGGAUGGCGGCUGUGUCCUCAGUCACGGCCAUAGGCAGCUGAUGUGCCUUGCCCGGUCAGUUCUCAGCAAAGCUAAGAUCUUGCUGCUCGAUGAACCAAGUGCUCACCUGGACCCUGUAACUUCCCAAGUGAUCCGGAAGACCCUGAAGCAUGCAUUUGCCAACUGCACGGUGAUACUGUCUGAACACAGGCUGGAGGCGAUGCUGGAGUGCCAGCGAUUCUUGGUAAUAGAGGACAAUAAAUUGCGUCAGUAUGAAUCCAUUCAGAAGCUGCUGAACGAAAAGAGCUCCUUCAGGCAAGCCAUCAGCCACGCUGAUCGCCUGAAGCUACUCCCAGUACACCACAGAAACUCCAGCAAGCGCAAACCUCGACCCAAAAUCACUGCCUUGCAGGAGGAGACGGAGGAAGAAGUGCAGGAGACAAGGCUGUGAGGUGCAGUGUGGGCACCUUCUUAGUGGAGCAAAUCGCCAGCAGUGCCCCACGAGGACAGCACCGGCGCUUCUGACCCUGCAGAGCUGGGCACAAAUCAAACCUUGCAUGAGGUGUUCACUGCAGUGACUACAUGUGCAUUGGGGAAUUGCUUCCCUUCCAUGGUUAAUUGUGUGCAAGUUAGUACAGUCUUUGAAGUUUUGCCACUUGUAAUGGUAAAACCAGACUUCCUUUGAAGAGCUGCUCUAAUUCGGUACAAAAGACAUGGCAAGCAGAAUUAACCUAACUGGCCUGACGUAAUCAUUUCAGUCAACUUUUAGAAAUGUUCUUGCUGGGGUGACAGCAGGCAGAAUGUGAGAAAAAUAAUCAAACCUGAGUGGAAAAUAGAAAAAUCAGAAUGUAAAAAGCUUCUUUGGAUUCAUUUCCUUCAAACAAAUUACAGGACAAUAUCAAUGAGGCACACAGAAAACUUCCUCCUCUUUGUUUUCCAUGCAGCAACUGCGAUUCCAACUUAGCCCAAGAGGCCAAAUGCCCUUUCAUAACAGCGCACUGCUCCAUGGGCAUAGGUGAGAAUGAGGGAAGAGAAGACACUGACUUGCAAGUCAGUCAACAUCUGUCACCUCUCCAUGGGUAAGGGAGAACUGGUGUUUUCUCUUAGAACCUAGGAGACUGCCAGCCCAACCCUGCGCAGUGGGAUGCGUGCAGGCUGACACAAGCAGCCAGUGACAGAUAGGGCUCCUGGCAGCGGAACUGUGACAGUUUGCUUAUGUGUGGCACCUUGACAUGCCUUUUACUCUGGCCUACAAAAAAAACAAAACAGGGGAAACCUCUCAGAAGUAGACUUUAAUAAUGAAAUUAAUUUUUAUACUCUUCUGGUUUGCAGUUUUAUGAUGAAACUGAACUUUCUCUAGGAUAUUUUAUUUAUUUCAAUAUUGUUGCAAACAUUUACUAAGGAAAUGAUGUAUUUUAAGAGUGAUUAUGUACUAUAAAGAAAAAUAUAUUUGUACAAAAGGUUUUAUAUUUGGAUUGUUGGGGUGGUUUUGCUACUACUUUGAUGUCACAUCAUGAUAGAGCUGUUAGAAAAACGAGGACAGCCCCAGAGUUAGGCGAAGUACUGUCCGACGCUGUGUUUGUGCACUAUUCUAGUGAUACAGACAUUUUAGAUAGAUUAUAUUUUUUCUUUAAAUAAAAAAUAA